AUGCGUAUGUGCACGUGUCCUUAUCUGCUCGCAGGCAGCGAUGUCCACUCGUUACGUGAUCCAUCCAUCGGUGUCACGAGGCUACAUAUACUGCUGCCUGCUGAUGGCUUCAAACGCACAAGCAAGCUCGGUAAGCACGCCAUGAAGAUGAAGAGAUGCAUCGUUCCUAGCAUCCUGCUGAUGUUUUCACUGGAGGCAGCGCUCCUCGUCGCCGGUCGCACCUCCGCCGCCGACGAAGUGGGCGCCAUUCUCCUGCCGAGCCAAGGCCAAGAGGAAGCAGCCAUGGCGGCGGCCAAGAAGAGGCCGUGGAAGUGCUGUGACCAGGCGGUGUGCACCAGGUCCAUCCCGCCGAUCUGCAGCUGCAUGGACCAGGUCUUCGACUGCCCCUCCACCUGCAAGUCCUGCGGGCCGUCCAUGGCUGACCCGUCCCGCCACGUCUGCCAAGACCAGUACGUCGGCGACCCCGGGCCCAUCUGCAGGCCGUGGGAGUGCUGCGACUCGCCUACCUGCACCAGGUCCAACCCGCCAACGUGCCGCUGCGGGGACGAGGUCGACAAGUGUGCUUCGACCUGCAAGACCUGCCUGCCGUCCAGGUCCCGCCCUUCCCGCCGCGUCUGCAUCGACAGCUACUUUGGGCCCUUCCCGCCCGCAUGCACGCCGUCAGAGGCUGUUGCCGCCGGCGGUAACUAG